AUGUUUAACAAUGAAGAUGAGUUAGUAGAGGAACAGCCAGGAGAUUUGUCGUCCUCUUAUGAAGACGAUUUUUUAUUUAAAACGAAUGGAAAAAAUGAUGAUGAAGAAGAAAAAAGAAAAAGAUCAGAAGAUAUUAAUUAUUAUAAUGAUAUUUAUAAUGACCAUUAUGAUAAUAUUAUAACAAAUUCUAUUAAAAAUUCCAUUAAAGAAAGUGAGAGAAAAAAUGAAAUCAAAAUAUCAGACAUUAAUAUAAAUAAUGAUAAUACAUCUACCUUAGUUGUAAAUUAUAGAAAGAAAAAAAGAACCCACCUAAAUGAUACUUCAUAUUAUUCAUUGAAGUUACCAAAAUUUAUAGAUGUAUCUUUAGAUAUAAAAAAAAAUAAUAAUAAUAAAAACAUAAAUGAUACUAAUACAAAUGCAGAUGAUAUAAAUAAGAAUAAUGAUACAUAUAUAAUAAAUGGGAAGGAACAAAAUAUUACUUUCAAUAAAUAUUUUAUUAAUCAAGAUGAUCAUAUAACAUUAGGGCAAAACAAAAAAAAUAAUUCUAUCAUACAAUGGACAUUUGAUAAUGAAUUAUAUGAACAAAUCAAAUGGCAAAAAAAAAAUAAAGAAAAAAAAAAAAUAGAUAUUAUAAAUAUAAAUAAUAUUGAUGCAUAUGAAAAAAUUGAAGAAUUUAAAAAUACCCAUAAUUUUGAAGAAAAUAAAACGAAAGAACAAAAAAAGAAUUCAUUACACAUAUUGUCAGCUAAACAAAAAUUAAAUGACAACAACAAAAAUAAUAAUAAUAAUAAAAAUAAUAAUAAUAAUAAUUAUUGUGAUAAUUAUGAUGACGAUAGUAAUGAUGAUGAUAUAUUCCAUGUUAAAGAUUUUUUAGAUAAAUAUGAUAUAGAAUAUCUAAGUGAUAGUGAUAAUAUAACUACUUCAAGCAACGAAUCUGAUGAUGAAAAAAAUAUUUUAUUAAAAAAUCUUGAACUUCUAGAAACAAACUCUUUUAUAGUAGAAUAUACUAAUGGUCAAUACUUUUUUUUUAUAAAUGAAAAAACCUAUAUGUUAGAACAAGACAAAGAAAUCAAUUAUCUAAUCGAAUGUACUGAUGAAAAUAUUAUGCCGAUCCAUUGUAAAUUAAAAAAUAAAUUCUUUAUUAAAUCAAUAACUAAAGAGGACAAAGUUGAUCCUUCAGAUUUGAAGUUACAAAAAAGUCAUGUAUUCUAUUCACUCAACGAUCAUAAAAUAUAA